AUGGAUGGAGUUGAGAGGGGUGACAAAGGGUCUUCUCGUAGAGGUCACCAAUGUCUAGCCUGCAUAUCAAGUUUGGGGGCGAUGGCUGUCAUAGCUGCCAUAUACAUUGGCGUAUUUCAGGCUUCACUAGUGAUUCCACAUAGUUCCACGCAGAAUCUGCCCUUGAAUCUCUUUGUGUUGCUACUAUGCUGUGCCCUUUUAAAGAUUGGAAUUGGUUUGAUGCAAACUUAAUUCCUCGGAUGUAACUGAAGCGUAUGAAUUCUUGAAGAAAGAAGUGGCAGAAGUAUGAUGAAAAUUUGGGAGUUUAAGGGUUGGCAACUUAAUUAGCAUGUUUAUUCUAUUGUUUUUCUGUUGUAGUACUAUUUCGUAAAUUUUAGGUUAAACUUAAAAACCUACCUCACCCUUAGUAUCGUUUACCCGUAACAACUUCUUUACCAAUCAUAAGGUGAAAUUAAUUUACAGUUUAGGAGUAAUAUUAGAAUUUGUGUGUUGC